AACUAGGAAGUAGCCUGCCUUCUUCCUCCUCUCCUCUCCUUCUUCGUCGUCACCCAUUCCUGUUCAAUAAAAGAGUUUUGGAUCUAAUCCGACUGUGUAUAAAUUGGGGACUUUCUCAGAUCCAAAGCGAAAGUGAAAGCGGAGGAAAUGGAUAACGAGGAUAUUGACAGCGCAGAGGAAGAGUUCCCGGCGCGGAUAGGCGGCCGCAAGUACCGGCCGGUGGUGGCCAACGAUCGCGCCGUGCUCGAGAUGUCUUCCAUGGAUCCUGGAUCUUCCUCCUCCUCCUCCUCCUCCUCCGCCGCCACCUUCUCCGAUCACCAAGCUUCCCUCAAGAAAGUCAAAGUUGGCACUCAGGCAAACAAGGAUGCCGAAUUGAAAGAAGGGUCUUUGCCAAUACAUGAAGAAGCCAAUGGCCCCCAGGGAGAGUCGAAGCUGGAAUUAUUUGGUUUUGAUUCUCUUGUCAACAUUCUUGGUCUCAGGAGUAUGACAGGGGAGCAGGUUCCUGCACCUUCUAGUCCUAGAGAUGGUGAGGAUGUAGCCAUUACCAUUGGGCAGCCUAAGUCUGCUGAUCUCAAACUGGGUACAUUGAUGGGUGUAUUUGUCCCAUGCUUGCAAAACAUACUGGGAAUUAUCUACUACAUCCGAUUUUCAUGGAUUGUCGGUAUGGCUGGCAUAGGCGAGUCACUAUUGCUAGUAUCUUUCUGUGGUUUGUGUACUUUUCUGACUGGAAUAUCAUUGAGUGCUAUUGCAACUAAUGGUGCGAUGAAGGGUGGGGGACCUUACUAUCUCAUUGGCCGAGCCCUUGGUCCAGAGGUUGGAGUUAGUAUUGGACUGUGUUUUUUCCUCGGAAACGCAGUUGCUGGAGCUCUGUAUGUGUUGGGAGCUGUUGAGACCUUUCUGAAAGCUGUGCCAGCUGCUGGGAUUUUUAGAGAAACCAUCACAAAUGUUAAUGUCACAGCAAUUGAGCGAGUGGAAAGUCCGAGUUCACAUGACUUGCAAAUUUAUGGGAUUGUUGUGACUAUUGUUCUAUGCUUUAUUGUAUUUGGUGGUGUGAAAAUGAUCAAUCGGGUGGCACCUGCUUUCCUGAUACCUGUUUUAUUCUCGCUGUUCUGCAUAUUCAUUGGGAUCUUCGUGGCAAGGAAGGAUCACCCUGUGGUUGGAAUCACGGGCUUGAGUUCGGAGACUUUCAAAGAAAACUGGAGUCCAGGUUAUCAGAAUACUAAUGAUGCUGGAGUUCCUGAUCCUGAAGGAAGUGUGUACUGGACUUUUAAUGCAUUGGUUGGUCUCUUUUUCCCUGCUGUGACGGGAAUUAUGGCAGGUUCAAAUCGAUCAGCUUCGCUGAAAGAUACUCAGCGUUCGAUUCCCAUUGGAACACUGGCUGCAACUCUCACAACUACUGCAAUGUAUCUAGUUUCUGUGUUGUUAUUUGGAGCCCUUGCAACCAGGAAGAAGCUAUUGGCAGACAGGCUACUUACAGCUACAGUUGCUUGGCCUUUCCCAGCCAUCAUUUAUGUUGGAAUCAUUCUUUCAACAUUAGGGGCUGCACUUCAGAGCCUGACAGGUGCCCCACGCCUUCUUGCAGCAAUAGCCAAUGAUGACAUCCUGCCCAUUCUUAACUACUUCAGGGUUGCAGAUGGUAGUGAGCCUCACAUUGCUACCCUCUUUACCGCAUUCAUCUGCAUUGGGUGUGUCGUAAUCGGGAACCUGGAUCUUAUCACACCGACUGUAACUAUGUUUUUCCUUCUGUGUUAUGCCGGUGUGAACUUAUCUUGCUUCCUCCUGGAUCUUCUAGAUGCUCCCAGCUGGCGUCCUCGUUGGAAAUUUCACCAUUGGAGCCUCUCUCUUCUUGGAGCAUCACUUUGUAUAGUGAUCAUGUUCUUAAUCUCAUGGUCAUUCACUAUAGUUUCUCUAGCCCUUGCAAGCCUUAUAUAUUAUUAUGUGAGCAUUAAAGGAAAGGCUGGGGACUGGGGUGAUGGUUUCAAGAGUGCAUAUUUCCAAUUAGCUCUCCGCAGUCUUCGAUCACUAGGAGCAAACCAAGUGCACCCAAAGAAUUGGUAUCCAAUCCCCCUGGUAUUCUGCAGGCCAUGGGGUAAACUGCCAGAAAAUGUACCUUGUCAUCCAAAACUCGCUGACUUUGCAAACUGCAUGAAGAAAAAAGGCCGGGGAAUGUCUAUAUUUUUCUCCAUACUAGAUGGAGACUAUCAUGAAUGCGCUGAAGAUGCCAAGACUGCCUGCAAGCAGCUUGCUGCCUACAUUGACUACAAGCGUUGUGAAGGUGUAGCAGAGAUAGUUGUAGCACCUAGUAUGUCUGAAGGCUUUCGUGGUAUUGUCCAAACCAUGGGCCUAGGGAAUCUCAAGCCAAACAUUGUGGUGAUGCGGUAUCCAGAAAUAUGGCGUCGUGAAAACUUAAUCGAGAUCCCUGCUACCUUUGUUGGAAUAAUAAAUGACUGCAUUGUUGCAAACAAGGCUGUUGUUAUUGUUAAGGGUCUUGAUGAAUGGCCUAAUGCAUAUCAGAAACAGUAUGGUAGCAUAGAUUUGUAUUGGAUCGUGAGAGACGGUGGCCUCAUGCUUCUCCUCUCUCAGCUCCUUCUUACUAAGGACAGCUUUGAGAGCUGUAAGAUUCAAGUCUUUUGCAUUGCAGAGGAGGGUACUGAUGCAGAGGCGCUCAAGGCUGAUGUGAAGAAGUUUCUGUAUGAUCUUAGGAUGCAAGCUGAAGUGGUUGUUGUAACAAUGAAAUCGUGGGAUGCACAAGUAGAGAAUGGCUCUCAGCAAGAUGAAUCAUUAGAGGCAUUCACUGGUGCACAACGCCGGAUUGCUGAAUACUUAGCUGAGAUGAAAGCGGCAGCUGAGAGACAUGGAACCCCAUUGAUGGCUGAUGGAAAGCCGGUAGUUGUAAAUGAGCAACAGGUGGAGAAGUUUCUUUAUACGACUCUGAAGCUGAACUCAACAAUACUGAGAUACUCGAGAAUGGCUGCAGUUGUGCUUGUGAGCCUACCACCGCCUCCAGCCAACCACCCAGCGUAUUUUUACAUGGAGUACAUGGAUUUGUUGGUGGAGAAUGUCCAAAGGCUUCUGAUUGUAAGAGGAUACCGAAAAGAUGUUGUUACGCUCUUCACAUAGUUGUCUGUGGAUUACAUUCCUGGACGGUAAUUACUGCAUACCUCACUUAUUGUUCAUUUUUUUUUUUCUUCCCCCUUCUCUCAUUUUUGUAGUUUAAAUGUUGCAUUAAUUCUUUUAUUGUCCUUGCUAAAAGCGGCAUUUUAUUAUUUCCUUAACUACUGUAGAAAUUUUAGAGUCACACAAGUCCUUUUGGGGGAGUUUGUAAGUUUAUCAGUAUAGUUUUAGACUCGGAGCCGAAUUUAUAGUGACACUUUCUUUAUUUGAUCUUAAAGAUACAUUCAAGAGUACAUUCCCAUCA